GAGUGACACUUGUUUCUCUCACGAGAUCUGGCAACACCGGGCAACUCUGUUCAUGCUCUUCCUUAUCCUAAAAGUGAAACUCCAUCAUGAACGACGACACAGAUUCAUCUUUAGAUGGAGAUUAUUCUCCAGGAUGCAGUUCAGUUGAGCAUGAAAGAUCAGAUUCAGAGUCCAGCUGUGUCUCCAUGAAAAGUGACCAGUCUUUAGAUUGGCCAUUUAACUUUAAGGGUGGAGAAACAUGGCCUCCUCUCAGUCCAGUUCAUGAGGAGACAUCAGAACCAGAACCCAGCGAUGUGUCCAUAAAGAGUGACCAGUCUGAGGAGUUUCCAUUCAACUUUAAGGGUGGAGACACAUGGUGUACUUUCAGUUAUGACUCUGAAUUUGCUGAUGUCCUCAACACAUUUAUAUUAAAUAUGAAGACAAAGUUUCGGUGUUUGUAUGAGGGAACAGCAAAGCAGGGAAACCCAAUUCUCCUGAAUAUGAUCUACACAGAACUCUACAUCACAGAGAGUGAAAGUGGAGUGAUCAGAAAUGAACAUGAGGUAAGACAGAUUGAGACACAAUCCAGGAGAACAACAACAGAGGAUUCUCCAAUCAAAUGCAACGACAUAUUUAAACCUUUACCUGGACAAGACAACCCCAUCAGAACUGUGCUGACAAAGGGAGUCGCUGGCAUUGGAAAAACAGUCUCUGUGCAGAAGUUCAUUCUGGACUGGGCUGAAGGGAAAGCUAAUCAGGACAUCCACCUCAUAUUUCCACUUCCUUUCAGAGAGCUCAAUUUGUUGAAGGACAAAAAACUGAGUAUUUCAGAUCUUCUACAUAUCUCCUUCCCAGAAGCAACAGAAAUGGACAUUUCCAGUGAUAAAUAUAAAGUGUUGUUCAUUUUUGAUGGUCUGGAUGAGUGUCGUCUAUCUCUGGAUUUUCAGAGCAAUGUGAGGUUUUGUGAUGUAUGUGAACCAUCCUCAAUGGAGGCGCUAAUGACAAACCUCAUGAAGGGGAAUCUGCUUCCCUCUGCUCUCAUCUGGAUCACCUCCAGACCAGAAGCAGUUGAUCUCAUCCCCUCUGAGUGUGUUGAUCGAGUGACAGAGGUACGAGGCUUCAAUGAGCCACAAAAGGAGUAAUACUUCAGGAAGAGAAUCAUCUGGACCUUUUCCUUUGUUUCCUUUUAGGACUCUCACUGGAGCACAAUCAGAUAUUUUUACGUGGCUUAGAGAUGCAGAUAAGAAACAGUUCUUAUAGUAAAGAGGAGACAGUGGUGUUUAUCCAAAAGAGAAUCUGGUGUGAUCUUGCUCCAAAGAAAUCAAUCAAUCUGUUCCACUGUUUAAAU